AUGAGAAGAACAAAGUGUCUAUCCGGUGCUGAAAAGAAGAAGAAAAGAAAGAGAUUAGAUGCAGUAACUCAGUCGCAAAAGGGUGCUCUAGACAAAUUUAUCGUGAAAAAGUCUCAGGCAAGUUCUGAAGUGGAGGCUCAUACUGCAGAAUUUGAUGAAGGUGAUAGUGGCGACGAACGCGCUGAUGCUUAUACUGAUGACGACAGUGAUGAUGCUAAUACUGAUGAUGAAGGUAAUGAUGCUAAUACUGGUGUGGAAGAUAAUGAUGCUACACCAAUAGCUCUUUUCAAUCCUGAUAUAUUUGAUCCAAGAUAUUGGGAGGGUCUUGAUCCUAAAAUGGUCGACAUUUUGCUCCAAUAG